CCAGUAGGUUAAUAUAUUACAGCUGCUCUGCUUAGCACAGCUCACCCUGCGCUGUGUGUCAGAGGGACAGACAGUGAGACGAAUCAGUGUCUUGGCGUCUGAGUGGACAGUAAUGUCGGGGCAGCGUGUUUGUGUCGAGGACUUUGAGAAGGAAGCCAAGAAAGUUCUUCCUAAAGCUGUGUAUGACUACUACCGCUCAGGAGCUGAUGAGCAAAACACACUGGCUGAUAAUGUUGCUGCCUUUAAGAGGUACCGAUUGCUGCCACAAACAUUGUAUAUAAUUUCAUGUAUCCAUCUUAUAAUUUCUUUUUUGACCUCACCACUGAUCCUGCCUCUUUACUGUGUUGGGUCUACAGGGAUUGACUUCAUGCGCUAUCCAGAUGGAGGGCAGGCAACUGGACGUUCAUGCAGAGCAGUAGGGACAGGGAUGAUGCUGAGCUCCUGGGCCACCUCCACCAUAGAGGAAGUGAUGUCAGCAAUGACGGCCUCACCAGGUGGUGUCCUGUGGCUGCAGCUUUACAUCUACAAAGACCGAGAGCUCACACUAUCAUUGGUCCACCGGGCAGAAGAGGCGGGCUAUAAGGCUAUCUUUGUCACUGUGGAUACGCCAUACCUGGGGAGGAGAUGGGAUGACAUGCGCAAUCGCUUUAAACUGCCCUCACACCUGAGCAUGUCUAACUUCUCAUCAGCCUCCCUGGCUUUCUCUGAGGGAAACUAUGGCAACGACAGUGGUUUGGCUGUCUAUGUUGCAAAGGCAAUAGACCCCACUCUCUGUUGGGAUGACAUCACAUGGCUAAAAAAACACACACACCUUCCUGUGAUUGUGAAAGGCGUACUUAAUGGUGAGGAUGCUGUCCAGGCUGUGAACUACGGCGUCGAUGGCAUCCUGGUGUCAAAUCACGGAGCUCGACAACUGGAUGGGGUUCCUGCCACGCUAGAUGUGUUGGAGGAGGUGGUAAAGGCAGUGCAGGGUCGCUGUGAUGUCUACCUGGACGGAGGAGUGCGGAGAGGGACAGACGUCCUAAAGGCCUUAGCUCUGGGAGCAAAGGCUGUCUUCAUUGGGCGACCAGUGCUGUGGGGCCUCGCCUGUCAGGGGCAGCAGGGAGUUACAGAGGUUCUAGAACUUAUAAAAGAGGAACUGCGUUUGGCUAUGGCCCUGUCAGGUUGUCGUUCUGUAUCUGAGGUGAGCAGGUCUCUGGUCAGGAGACUAGAGUUCACCUCCAGGAUGUGAAAGAAGACUCUACAAUACAUUCCUGAUGGAUCACUGGACAUUCAUUUGUCAAAUUACCGUAAAACUUCAAUUAAUAGCCCGGGCUAUUAUUUGCUUAAGUCACUGAAAUCAACAGGCCUUUAUUUGGGACAGGCAUCCUUAUGGGACAGGCCUUUAAUUCCUUUCACACAAAACUGUUAAUCAGCAAAGAUUGGGAAAUACAAUUGAAUUGUUUAUUUAAACCAGUAUGAAUAUUACUUGUUUAAAAAUUAGGCUUCAGAUGAUAUAUCAAUUUCGAAUCAUUCAUUUGAUCUAGCUCCGCAUCAGAUAGAGAGUGAGUUACAGCACUCGAGGAUUACCGUACCUGGCAUACCGACAUGACACCACUUUAUCCUGUUCAAGCAAAACUCACAACUUUGGGAAAUCAAGGAAUGGAGGCAUAAUUUGAGGUAGCCAACAAUCCGGUUUAAAAAAAAAAAUUGAGGCAGGUGUUAAUUUGUCAAAAUGUGUAGCCACAGCGGGCUAGUAACAGGAACUAGGUGUUUAAUUGAAGUUUUGAGGUAAUUAACUUUAUGUUUGUAUUCAGACUUCAGACUGAGAUGUAAUACUGGCCAAUGUCUUGCUGUAACUGAAUGCAGUGGCAGUAAUAAAAAUGUAUUUGUUUAAAAAACUGUGUACAAUAAAUGCAUUUUGUGUCAAAGC